AUGAUGCACGGACAGGAGAAAGACGAACAAAAAGUCUCCCCCCACGGAAAAAACAGCUCAGAUAUGAGACACUUUGAAAUUAAAUAUAAGAUCGAAAAAGACAAAGCAUUUACAGAGCGAGAAGCUACUCCAUUCUUUAGGGCAGAUGGAAGGAGCAGCGCAGAGGAAAGAAGCAUAGAAGUUCUCGUGGGAAAUGAAGGAACUUUGCUUCGGGCGUACUCCUGCAUUGGGGACCGGGUGAUCUACUCUUCUGCUAUUAUGGUGUGUGCCUCCGCGGAUAUUAAGAGGCCGCCCGUAGAAAAGCCCAAGCAGGGAAAGCUCUCUCUGUACUGCAGCGAUAGAGGCCUGCACACCGAGAUCGAGAAAAUAUUCAGGCGCUCCAAAAUUGUGCCUCCCGAGAAGCUUUCUGUUAUCCCAAAAGUGGCUGUUUUAAACGUGAAAGUGGAUGUUUUUGUGGUCCACGACAAGGGAGGGCUCUUGGCGCUGGCCACGGAGGGCGUAUUCCGGGCGCUCAUGAACGUAAAAGUAGCUCACCAGCUGGCGCACAGGGGAGACACUGUGAAAGCAUCGCACAAGAUCUCUGAGCUUGUGACUUUCUAUCCAACUACAAAGGCGUGUGCGAAGGUGCGCGGAGUGCUGGUGCACGACCCAACCGAAAGCGAAGUCGCAGAGUCAACUGCGCGCUUUUCAAUCACGUACACGAAGCAAGAGUCCGGCGAGAAAAUGUCCAGGAACAGAUCCGGGGAUGUGCUGCACUGCGUGUACACUGGGGACAUGCAGUACGCAGAGCUCAGGCAGGCCCUCCUGAAGGCGCUGGAUGUAGAAUAA